GUUUCUAGCCGAGUGAAAUAAACUCGGGAUCGAUUUCCUCCGGUACGUUGCACGCGCGUAUGCAGGCUAAACUAAACAACAAUUGAAUAAACCAUUUACUUUGAAAUUAAAAAAUCAACAUGGAAACGAUUUUAGAGCAACAGCGUCGAUACCAUGAGGAGAAAGAGAGACUUAUGGACGCAAAAACGAAGGAGAUGUUGACGAAAAAAACCACGCUGAGAGACCAGAUCAACUCUGAUCAUCGAGUGAGGGCUAUGCUGGAUAGAUACAUGGAAGUAAGUGCAAACCUCAGAGACUUGUAUGAAGACAAAGAUGGAAUGAGGAAGGAUGAGCUAAAUGCAAUAUCGGGACCAAAUGAGUUUGCUGAAUUCUACAACCGACUCAAACAGAUCAAGGAUUUCCACAGAAAACACCCUCAUGAGAUCUGUGUACCUAUGUCAGUGGAGUUUGAAGAGCUCAUGAAAGCCAAAGACAACCCUAGUGAGGAGGCACAAAAUCUGGUGGAGUUCACUGAUGAAGAGGGUUAUGGACGCUACCUGGAUCUCCAUGAUUGCUACUUAAAGUACAUUAAUCUUAAAGGAGUAGAGAAACUGGAGUACGUCACAUAUCUGUCAACAUUCGAUCAGCUCUUUGACAUCUCUAAAGAUAGGAAGAAUGCCGAAUAUAAGAAGUAUCUGGAGAUGUUGUUGGAGUACCUGCAGGAAUACACAGAUCGUGUCAAGCCUCUUCUGGAUCAGAAUGAUCUCUAUGGAAAGAUCUUGGUAGAGUUUGAGAAAAAGUGGGAGAGUGGAAUGUUCCCAGGCUGGCCGAAAGAGACGAGUAGUGCUCUGACCCACGCGGGAGCCCAUCUGGAUCUGUCUGCUUUCUCUUCCUGGGAGGAGCUGGCGUCUCUGGGUCUGGACAGAUUGAAGUCUGCUCUCAUGGCAUUAGGCCUCAAAUGUGGAGGUACACUAGAAGAGAGAGCACAGCGUCUGUUCAGCACUAAGGGAAAAUCUCUAGAGUCAUUAGACCCCUCACUGUUUGCCAAAAACCCAAAAGCCAAGGGACCAAAGAAAGACUCAGAGCGCAACAAGGAAAUUGGUUUUCUUGAAGCUCAAAUUUAUGAAUAUGUGGAGAUCUUGGGGGAGCAAAGGCAGCUGACCCACGAGAACGUUCAGAGGAAGCAGGCGCGCACAGGAGAGGAGCGUGAUGAGGAGGAUGAAGAACAGCCCAGUGAGAGUGAGAGUGAAGAUGAAGAUAAUGAGAUUAUAUACAACCCCAAAAACCUGCCACUCGGCUGGGACGGAAAGCCAAUUCCAUACUGGCUGUACAAGCUGCACGGUCUGAACAUCAAUUACAACUGUGAGAUCUGUGGGAAUUACACGUACAGAGGACCCAAAGCCUUCCAGAGACACUUUGCAGAGUGGCGUCACGCUCAUGGCAUGCGCUGUUUGGGCAUUCCCAAUACAGCCCACUUUGCCAACGUCACCCAGAUUGAAGAUGCAGUAUCCCUCUGGUCAAAGCUGAAGUCACAGAAAGCACUGGAGCGAUGGCAGCCAGACACAGAGGAGGAAUAUGAAGACUCUAGCGGAAAUGUGGUUAACAAGAAGACUUACGAGGAUCUGAAACGACAGGGGCUGCUGUAGGGCCCUAUUGCAACACAAGAUAUCUGAACAUAUGAAAUACAAUGUAAAUAUUGAAACCAAUGUUUCUCUAAGUAAUAGCGAUUUUAGUCUUAUUGGUCUUUCCAGUUUGUGAGAAAUGUGAUUGUCUUUUUGAAAAUGAUACAUUUGUACAUUUUUAUUACUAUUUGAUUAUUCCCCAUUUUCUCAUUUGGUGUCUCAAACAUGAGACAUACUUUUCAUUAAUCAAUAAAUUUUACUAUGUUGUGUAAAAAAAGCAUGACUUAAGACUUA